UGAAGAGCGGUCACUUUCUGCUCUGCAAAAUAGAACCCAGCGAUUUUUUUUUUACAGCUCCUCCUUCGGGAGCUGUAAUCGCAACAUCGGAAAACGGAACAACGUGAGAGCUCUUCACUUUUUACACGUCCCGUUUAAUACUUGGAGAGACUGGUGGCAGAGGAUGGAGAGUAAGGCUGCGGCAUCGACAGACAAGAAGUGACGAGGAGGAAAAGAGAAUGAGGGUGCAUGAGGCCUUCAGGUCCUGCUAGGAGAACCCAUGGAGCCAGACAUCAUGCCCUUGCACUCGUCCUCCCCCCCACCACUGGAUGAUUCUGAUGGUGAUGGGGAGGCGGGAUCAGAGGAGGACGAGUUUGGGGACUUUGGUGGAUUCUCCCUUGGGAUGUCCUGUUCGCCUUCUGGCUUUGCUGAUUCUACUGAUUCACCAUCCAACCUCAGACAGCCUUCUCCCACCAUAAAGCCAGCCACCCAUCAGCCCAGCUGCAGCUUUAAUCAUGCAGUUAAACAAUCCCAGCUCACAUCUUCUGUGAACCUGGGGUCCGGCAGGGUCCAGUUGGAUGCUGAAGAGCAGAGUGAUAAUGUUGACUCACGUGUGCACCUCACAAAUGGCUUCUCUGAAAGAGACAACUCUGACACCUACAUAGUUUCUGCAGUGGGUGUAUUCUCUCCCAGGGAGGAAACAGGGUUUGCUGAUUUCACUGUGUUUACAGAGCAGGCAGCACAUCCCUGGUGCUGUGGCUUCACUCCCUUGGGCAGCACAGAGCAAUGGGAUGACAAAGCUGUAGGGACAGACUCUUCCAACAGACUGAGUAAACACAUCUGUGAUCCAAGACAUGAGGUUAUUAUGGACUCUGAGCCCAAACGUCAUUGUGCAUGUAAAGCAAAAGAAAGAGUUUGCACUACGGUCAAGCACUGUGAGAAAAGAGAUGCAGCAUCUGUGCUACCAUCUCAGGACCAUCACCAGCCUCAGGAAACUGCAGCAGCCUUUAUUUCAUCUGGAGAGCGUCGUGCCUGGGAGGAGGAAUCAGGAAAGCCUGGGGACUGUCAGAGGUGCAGGCAGCAUGGUUUUGACUCUUUACAAACCACAGAGGUGCAGGAGAGCAUUUCUACUGUCCCCCAAACAUUUAGUGUAUAUGAGUCUGCUUCAGAGGACUUAGCAUCCUUCUGCGAUGAUUUGUCUUUUGAGGGCCCUUCUGCAGACUUGGAACCAAAUGUUUCCUCUCUCGGUUCAGAGGAUCAGACUGACUGGGAUCAGACUGAUGAUGAGGAAGAAGAGGCAGGAAACAACAGAAAUACUGACUCUUUUAUCAACAAGAGUGUAGUAGAUCUAGCGGCUCGACGGUGUGAGGCAGAGAAGGGUUUUCAUUAUUACGACCAAUCUGCAACUCAGGAAACCAUGCCUACCUCCAACCACUCACAGUCUGACCCACAUACAGAAGAGGGUUUUGCAGAUUUCAAAGACUGCGGUUUAGAGCAUCACAGGGACCAAGGACAUGUCCAAACAGCCGAUGCAGGGUUGCAGAUUCUGGGAAGCCUCCCACCGAGUGACAGCUUUGCUGAUUUCUGCUCAGCACCUAUGCAGGAGGCUGUAGGGGAGUCAUGGGUGGAGUUCCAGGACCAGGAGGGGGGAAGACCUUGGACAUUGUCCAGAGAACAAGUCAGCAGUCUGCAGACUGAUGGGAACACUGAGGAGGAGGACAGGCAAUGUGGGGUUUCCCGGAGGAACAGCUGUCAGGCGACUCUUUCCUGCCGUGUCCAGCAGCUUGUCCUGGACAGUUUUCCGCAGGUGGAGGUUCCAGAUAUGGAGGCUGAGGAGGAUGUGGUCUGCCUCAGUGCUCUGCUUCACGCCGGACACCUCCCUGAGAGUGAGAAGGAGGAGGAGGAGGACAUGCCAGAAGUCUGUCCCAAAUCUGUGGGGAUUCAGAGGGAGGUGUUUUGGACACACCAGGACCUCCACCAUGCAGUUGGCCUCCAGUUUCAGUGGGGAGGUUCCCAUACAAACAUGACUCUGCUCAGGUGCCUCGGUGUGGACACAAAGAACAUUGUGUUCAUUGGCAUGAAGAAGCAACCUGUGGCUGUACCUGCUUUUGCUUCCAGCCUGGGAAUGCUAGAGCCCACCAAAGACUCUGGGCCUGCUGUCUGUCCUCCAGGACACACAGUUGGCUCAGCACCAGCACUUCCGGGACCCCAGGAGACCACAGUCCCAUCAGCAGACUCAGUGCAGGAGGCGCUGCCCUCCGGCCAGCAGGACUGGAGCAGCCGUGGCCUUAGCAGCUCUCAGGACGGUACGUCCCCUCAACCAGCCCCUCACUUCUGGGGCCGGAAGUAGACUACAGUAUCAGCCAUCCCCUACCUGACUUCUUCUAAGAAGCCAAAACUUUAGAGAGUUUACUCUGGUCUGCUCCACUGGACUCCUCCUCUCUCCCUCCAGGGCAUGGUCUCUUUCUUUUAAUUUACACUGUGUUUCCUCUCUAUUCAUUCAGCAGCGUUUUGCCAUUUCAGUUAAGUUCCUCUUGUCUUUUACCACUGAAUAGUAAAAUAAAAAAGUAAAGUCACCUUACUUUUUGGGUCUGUUGGUAAGAUAGACAUACAGCCAAGCAGAAACAUUAUCCAUCCUUCAGAGUAGCUCCAGAACAAUAAAAUGGGAAACACUGUACUGGCUGCCCUGUUCUCCCCCCCCCCCCCUUUAGCUCUUUUACCACCUUUGACAAAGAAUUUAAAACCACAUCACAUGCAGUCUGAGGUUGCUGAACACUAAACUAAAUAUCAGUCAGCUCAUGGUGUGUGGUCUCAGCACGUGCCAUAUUGAUUUAAUGGAUGUGUUUAUCCCAACAACAAUUUUAGUUUAUUGGUGGCCACUGUGGAGAUUAGUCUCCUAAUUCCCCCAGUGUUAAUACUCACCCAUUCCCAGGUGCGUAACACUGAUGUGCACUAUAAAUCUGAUAGCAUCGUCCAGUUUUUGGCUUUAUUUGACUCUAAAGUGUCUUUACUUUUUUGAUUGAAACUAUUUAUUUGUUCAUAUUUAUUCUGUGAUUGAGAAAUUAUUGUCAUAACAGAAACAAAAUGCAUCUUAGACUUGAUUUCGCACUUAAAACCAGAGAAAAAUGUUGACAGACUGCAGUUGUGAUUAUUGCUGUCACUUUAUGCCGCUUUUAUUGUUUUGUUUUUUUAAUUCCCUGUGCACUGACGUGUAUACUGUAUGAGCAUGCUGAGUAGGAUAGAGGAAUAUUUGUUUCCAAAGCACUUACAGUUUGGAAAAAAAUAUACCUGAAAUACACUUGUCAGUAUUUCAUUACAAGUCGAAAGUGUUUCCAUGACAACUCUCUGUAACUGCAGUUACAGUAUUUCUUAAUGAGUUGUGCCUUUAUGCCAGCAAUUCAUUUCGAGUGGAAUUGGACCUAUAGCUUGUUGACAAAAAUCAUUUUUUUGUUUUCAGUUUUCUUGCUCAAAUACCGAUUUAAUGCACUGCAAUAAGGACUUGUAAAAAUCCUUGUAAAUACUGAAAUAAAUCAGUUGAUCUUUCUGCUUGA